AUAACAAUGACCGUGACGGGUAUACCAUGCCUUGACAAAGGUAACAAGCAGUAAACUUCAACCCUUUUAAAUCUCCAGUCAUUUAAAUUUAAAUGACCAACAAGUGUUGUAAGACGCGCGACGGAGCUGUACCGACUGUGCAAAAGGCAAGUUGGCUAACAGGUAGUUGGUUCAGACUUCAGCACGACCAACGUCGAUCUGCGUGUGUUGGCAGCUCUGCGUUUGAAAAGGCUUUUCAAGGUGGAGGUGCUUGGCUCGCGCAGGCGCAGGUGAAGAAGAGUCUCCUUACUUGUGCCUGCUCAGUGCUCAAUUGUGGUCGGACUAUAGGAAAAAGCAGUACUUAUAUACUCAGUUGCCGCCGUCCCGUGGCGCUUUCGUGCUAGGUCGCGACGAUACUGUAGCUGCAGCCGAUCCCCUCUGCAGCAGCACGGUGGCGGCGUCGCGGCACACGGUGCACGGUGGGCGCGAGUUAGUGCGCGCGCGAGUUGCGGUGUGCGCCACAGACAGCUCUCUUUCUCUCUGUUGAAAAGAUACCGGAGCCAGCGGAGGAGAGAAGGAAUAGGAAAGAGAUAAAUAGCGCGCUCGCGGGGGCCAAAUAUCUCCGCUGCGAGCGUUCACGCAGCCAAAGCUGCCAAGUUGCUAGCCGAGUGAAGCAUAUCUACACAUCAGCAAGUAACCGAGGUAUAUCUUUCACAACCGAUCCAUCCACUGCCCAUCUACGCGUGUACCUGUGAGUGUAUACCUGUGUGCUAGCUUGUGUGCGCGAGUGGCAAGGUUAUGUCGCCAAGGCAAAGCAGCAGCCCAACCAUCGACAUCAAGACAAUCCAAGUCUUGAAGAUGGAGUCGAGACGAGGCAGCUCGAGAUCGUAAAUAUUGAGAACGAGGAGCGAAGAAGAAGAGGAGAAGGAAGAACGGAUCCACCUGGACGGAAGUAAAAACGCCUCCAAGAUGAAGAUGAGCUUCUCGCUGUCCUCGCUGCAGCCCUCUAGCGAUAGCCUAGAGAGAGCCGAACACACGAGGAUCAGAGCGGAUCGGCCUUACAAUAGCCUCACCAAGAAAAGGAAAGAACCAAUGCAAGAUCAAGGAACGAAAAACUGGUCAGGUCCAGAAGACGGCAAAGAUGACUUUUGGGCAGCAAUACGAACGAAUUAUGAUUACAUUAUGGAUACGAACUUGAUCGACACCUGCAAGGAAACAAAUGGAGAAUUGGCUUGGGAUGAGGGUGAUGUCUCAACUGUUUCUUGGGGAUUGAAGGAAGUCAGUUGUCAGUUCUCAGAACUGUACUCGUGGUUGCGAGUUCUUCAAGAGCUGGUUUAUUCGAAAGAGGAAAACGUACUGGACAAAAGCUUACGAGCGGCUCACACAGAGGAACUGCGUCGUAAAGCUUAUAGAAAACGAUUGUUCAACGAACAAGCGGAAAAAUUAAUUGCUCGCGCUCCUUCUUUAAAAGAAGAAGUUUCAUGGCGAGUUGAUCAUUUAAACGCCAAAUGGGAUCUCGUUGAACAAAUAAUGGCCCCAGUACAAAGACCCGAUGAACUCGAUAAUCAAGAUGUUUCUGCAGAUUUUGAGCACGAGGUAAAGUGUCUAAGGAAAUGGUUACGUGAAAUGGAAACUCGUUUACAACCGCUAAAUUUUCGUGUUGACUGGAACAGGACUGAAAUAGAGGAAAAAGCAAUGGAACAUAUGGUACUACAAAGGGACAUCGAGUCGCACGGACGAAUCGUGAGCUCGAUCGUUAAACUCGGCGAGCGAGUUGCCGGGCGAAACCAAUGCUCGGACCAAGCAGCAGCAGCAGCAGCAGCAGCAGCAGAUGAACAUCAGCAGCAGCAGCAGCAGCAAGCGUUGCGGGUAGCAAGCUCACUCGAACGUCGUUGGCAUUUACUGUUCUUGCGCAGUCUCGAGUGGCAAUGCCAUAUCGAGGCUCUUGCUGCGCGAGUUUGCACUAAGUUGUCAGCGAGCCGUUGCAGUAGCGACAGUGACGACGAGGAGCCAGUAACAAAGCAACCUCGCCUAAGUCGCCGUGUAUCCACUCCAUUAUCAACGACACAAUCCUCUUCAUCUUCGUGUCCAUCGUCGUCGUCGUCAUCGCAAGACGAGAGUAGUGCCGGUACAUGUUCGCGACGUCGUUCAUCAGUUCGAGCUAGACGCCAGCUACGAGCUCGAUUCAGUCAGCAGGCACCAUCGGCACAGCAGCAGCAACAGUCGCAAGCGAGCGCAAGUCACGCGAGCGAUCAGAGACCAGCUGCCACAUCUUCGUCCUCGUCCGACAGUGACGUCUCUUCCGAGAACAGAUUCGUCGACGAUGGAUCUUACUUCGAGGACGAUUUGGACGUGCUGUGCGUUGUGAGCGUGAAAGCCGAGGACUUUUCCAACCAAACGAAGCUUUACGCCGGCAAACGACGUCCACGUAACGCAUUCGGCGAUCAGGGUACCGAAGCCGACAUCGAGGAGGCUGAUUUGAGCGAGGAGGAGGAAGAUAAGAGGGAAACGACCAAGCAGAACAUCGCCAACAUGACGCCGACGCCGGAUCAGCUUCAGACAACGCCGAUCGACGAGUCGCGCGACGAAAUCGACGUGGCUUGUACUACUGCUAGUGUAGCCGAGCGGACUAAAAGCGACAGUACACCCGCGAACGAGAGUCCUAAGCGUAGGAGAACCGAAGCUGAGGCUGCUGCUGCCAUUUUCCACACUUCGAACAGGAAGUCGAAGAACUGCGCGACCUUCUAUUUCAGGCACAUGGACACAGACUCGGAAAGCGAGGAUAAGCGUCCUCCUCGUCGUGAUCAGCAGCAGUCGGAAGAUCGCGGCAUUGUGGAGUCAUCCGAGGAAGAGUGGACUUUUACAUCCGCCCGUAUGGACGCUCAACAGCAACAGCAGCAGCAGCAACAGCACAAGAACAGCUACGGGGCGAAAAUGCGUCUGAACUUUGACGCUGCGACGGAUGCGCUGAACGACAACGACUGCACGAAUAUGGACGUGCUAAACGGCAAUGUUGUUCAUAACAUUAAUAUUGAGGAGAACGACCAGCCCACGGCGAGUAAUGGAAGUGACGACGAGUACAACAACCAAGAAAGCAUCAAGAGGCUUAUCCGCGAGGUGGAGGUAUUGGUACAUCAGGAAGGUAAACACAAGCGCAAUGUCCCGCCACUGAUAUUUGACGAAGAGAAGGGCCUGCUCAGUUCACAGAACCACAAAGCCAAGUACGCAAGGAUCAAAGAGUGGUUGGCACUCAAUUCGGCAUUGUGCGUUGAAGGCAGUAACACAUUGCAGUACUGCCAGUUAACGGUGUCGGAAGCGUUGGAUAGUUGCGACGCGAGUGGCGAGUACACGACCGGCGAGUCGGACGUGGAGAAGCAAUCAGAAAUCUCGGAAGAGGACUUGCAUAGUAGCGUAGUAACAUGCCGUCUGGCUUCGCAAUCCAACUCUGAGGAAUUAUUAGAAGACCGCCAAAGUCCAAUGGUAAAAGAGCGUAGUCCAGUGCCACAGCACAAGCUGGCCGAGACAAGCACACCGAAAGUGGUAUUGCGUUCUAAGCGUAAGUCACACACAAGUCCGAGACCAUGGAGCGUCUCAUGUAUCACGCAAAUCCGCAAACGUGCUAGUCUCGAGAUAAACGUCCAGGAGCCAAUCUCGCAGUUCUCCAUCUCCGAGACUGCUCUGCAUCAGCUUGUUGCCGGGCCUCCGGCUAAAUCCGCUUCGCUCGAUGCCACCGAAUCGCGUGCGCCCUUCAAUAACUCGACAACGACAUUGCUAGAAGAAACGAUAAUCGGUCAGGAUGCUCGCGUGGUGAGAAACAGCUCGCUGCGUCGCAAGAAAAACCGGCUUCGCAAAAAGAAUGCGAGCCGUCGAAGUGAAUCGGGCUCGGACGGCAUGAACGCGACGAAUCAUCGUUCAGAAGGUAGCGACGAACUAAGUUCUGGCUAUAAUCCUCGGUCCGCGCGCAAAUCCAGCACUGGUAGCAGACAAAGUCGUUCGUCUCGCACGGCACUGAACGUCUCGACGACGAAUCUCGUCAAGUCGGGUUCGUUCUCUGGAUACACUGGUUUACACGAAUGCGAGGCUGUACAGUGCACGUCCGUCAGCGAUAAGCUCAAGACCACCACUCCUUCCGAAUCCGAGGAAGAAAAAGAGGAACUUGCCGGAAGAACGUCGCUACGCAACGGACGUGGGUGCACCAUGCUCAAGGGAAUUCUUUUGGUGGGCAAUUUGAAUGCUGGGGACAGCGACAUCGAAAAGCAUAGUUUGAGCAACAACUCGUUUUCAGAACAAGCCUGGGACAACUAUCUGGAAAAGUACAUGAGCGAACCAUACAGCGAGGCAGCAGACACAGAUACAGCGCGUCGUCUUUUGGAUUUUGGUGACGACUACAGAAACUUCCUUGACAGUCAAUCGGAUUGUGCGUCUAGCUUGGGUGCAGUUCGUUAUCAAAAAAGCAGCACCGUCGUAACGGAUGAGAGUGACAGCGACUCCGAGUUUAAGCGUUUAGCGGAGACAUCGCGCAAGCAGCUUCUGUUAUCAGAAGCUCGUUGUAAUACCAUGGCUGAUGGUAGUUUCAACGAAUUGGCACGUAUCUGUCGAGAGAAUAUAAGGUGCCUGCAAACAAUAUCCGAGACGAGUGGUGGAUCCCGUCGUAGUGACAAGCAUGCCAAGCAAAUUCGUGGCUUAAUGGAAAGAUGGGAAUCCCUCUCACUUCGAGCAGAAGAGUCGCAAAAAAUCAAUGCUAUUCAUCGUGAAGUAGCAGCUUUGAAGUUAGAGUUCUGCGCGGCGCACGAGAGACUUGCCUCUUACCAAGUUGUUCUAGAAGAGCCACAUAUCAUUGAAGAUCGUAUCAAUAGGAUCACGAACGAACUGGCUAAUUUAAGAGACCGCAAAUCUGCUAUGCUUGCAUUGAACGUUUCGACACAUCGCCUCAUCACAGAUCUCGGCCAAAAGACAUCACCUACUUUUUCUACCUUGAAGGAUGGAAUAGCAGACUUGUAUCGACUUUGGGACGAAGCAUUUCAAAGAGGAAACCAGCAGCUGAGUGCAUUUCAAGCAGUCCAACAGUUCGGUCAGAGGCUUACGGAACUUCAGUGCGCUCUACGCAGAGACAAGGAUACUUUGGCAGUGUUGGACGCAGCUUUGCAAGCUGGAGCAACAAUGGAGGUAGCUUCGUCGGUAAGAGAUGUCGCGCGACUGCUUUCCGAAAAGCACGAGACCAACAACCAGAGCGCCAUGCUGACGGACGCAGCUUUGACGAUAUCGAGCAACGACGACAGUGGUAAUGGAACACAAACGUCAUUCAACGAUUCAACACCGUCACCUACUUGCUCUUUAGUUGGUCUCGAGGGUGGUUCACUCUCUGACAGUGGUAUUUCCGACAGUGGUAGCGAGCAGGAACUGAGCGAACGCGAACGUCGACUUGCAGCGUUACGUAGACUCACUCGAACACUCGAGUCACAGUUGGUACCCAAUACCAGUGAUCAAGUGCUCACUGAGCUCUGGCAUCGUGUCGAAGAAGCCGAAGCCGAACUACGUAACCUGCAGUCGCAGUGUCGUGAACUCAUCGUUCGCACUGCUGCUAGCGUCGAGUCGCGAACUAACGUCAGACCUGACAGUACUACGGUUUAUCCAGUUCCAAGCAAACGCAAGAAAACUCCGGUCAUCGAAACACCUGUUCCGAACGAAAAGGUACGCGUAGAAAAACUUGCAAAUUACGUAACAGCAGCAGGUGACCCCGAAAAGGAUCCACACGUACCGCGCAGUUGGGUAUGGCGUAUCUUGCGUGCAGCUCUGCCGUUCCAGUUGGCUAUAGUCGUGCUUUUCUGCGCGGCCUGCUUGCUCGAACCGAGUUGUUGCGAGGCGGGUAAUUCACUCAACCUAUCGUUGACACCACAAUUGCGUUACGUGCGUGGACCCCCACCAGUCUGAACUGUCGGAUUUUGAAAAACACGCAUGCAGAUCGAUAUUCUGUAUGGAUGGUUUUUACUGUCUUGGUACUUCAGGCAAUGGUAAUGAUGAAGAUUCUUCCGGAAGGAUAUUUCGAGAAUUACAUCAGGUCGUGGUACAGGAUGAUGUGCGGUGAGUAUGCUCGUCGUCGAUGCCUUUCAUAAGGGGACAACGACGAGCAAUACAUAGGAAUGCUGUGCCCAAUAUUACAAGGAGCUCCGUGAAAUGUCUACGUACCUUUGAGGUUGAACAAAACGUAGUCGUAAGGUGUGAAUAGAGAGAAAUAUAAUGAAGCAAGCUAACAAGUAAGAGCUUUUAGGUACAGUUGCGUUUUUGCCUGUACUCUCAUUGAUUCGCAUUUUCAGAGUUUUUCGAUAAUUUUUUACGAGAAUUUUUAUUAGCCAAAAAUCUUAUUGAAACAAUUAAAAAUGAUGUGUUCGAGUAUCAAAAGUCGGAAGUGCUCGUCAAAUAGACUGAAAGUGCGGAUGGUUAAGGAGUGAUGAUUUUUGUAAUGAAAGAAUAAUUGCUUGAUUAUACUGAACUAAAUAAGCAACAAAUAGACUGAAUAUAUCAAUUGAUUAUUAGUUCAUUACAAAGAAUGUAAAAUAUUUGAUAAAAACAUAAAUCAGGGGCAUUUUUACAAAGGAUGAUGAAAGAGCAAUAAAUAAUAAAAUGUAAUGAGCUUUUGGAAAAGUGCCAAAUUUUAAAGUCAAAAAAGUGUAUUUUAUAAUAACUAUGUGCCUUGUGACAUCAGAUUUUCUAUUUUCUAUUUUCGACACACAAAAAUAUCCGAACGAUAAUGUUUUUGCUCUCACUGUAAAUACUUUUAUAAAUUAUGUCCCUGAUCAACAUUUUUUGAACAUUUUUUAUAAAAACGUUGUGCAGUUCAUAUACAUAAAAAUUAUGAUAAACAUAUACUGCAUGCUAGAUAGAACGUUCUUUUUUUAACGUCAUUUUUCAUUGAUGGCACGUAGGCUGAAUAUGAAACGAAAUAUUUCAAGAAUGCUUCCAAUUAUGCAAAAGUGGAACAAUUAAUUUAUUAAAUUUAUUAAAGAUCAUCGCAAAGUAAUACGCAUAAUAAUAAUUGUUUUCUACUUCACUUGAAAACAUAAUAAGUGAAUGAAACAUAAAAGAUGUGUUUAGAAACCAUCAACUAGUCAUAAAAAAAGAGAAGGCCUUCGUGCUUCUGUUGUUUAUAUAUUUUUUCGAUGAUUUUGCUUUCAUUGAUUUUUUCAGCAAUUUCAUCAAAUUCAUUUAUUAAAGUUACUUUGUUUAAAAAACAUUGAAAUAAAUAGUAAUAUUUUAUAACUUGAAUAUAGCUUGACAAAGCAUUUAAUUGAUAGUAAAAUUUUUUAUACCAGAAACUAUCAUGACAAGCUACUAAACAAUCAAAUACCUUUAUCAGAGACAUGCUACUUAAAAGAAAAGCAUUUAUAUAAAAAAAUUGUAGUGGCUAUACAAGUCUCAUAAUUUUAUUUUUUGUGAAUAGUGAUAAAUAGAAACUAAUCGUACUAUUCUUCAUAACCUUUUUAUUACUAGUUUGUUAUAUUUGUUGAUUUUAAAAAGAUGUAAAGAUUUUGACGUUGACAUUUCUUGAGGAGCUGCCUUCAUAAAACUACAUGCGUAGAAUUUUACGCAAAACUUGUGAAAAAAGCGAUUGCACAAACUACAAAAACAUUUACCGUUAUGGUAAAUGUUGUGAAAAAGAGUACUUAUGCAUAUUAUUGCAUUCUUAACUAUCUCGAAUUUCAAAUUCGAGAAAAAUAUAAAAAAGAUAAUAUAAAAGUCUGCGAAUAUAUAUGUAAAUAAAUAUAUAUUUUAAGAGAGCUUAUGCAAUUUACCAUAUCAGCUUUUCCGUUGAUUAAUGGUGGAUUUUUAGCUGCUGAUUUACAUUAUUUCAUCAUCAAUAUGUCAGUGUUUUUGAUAUCCUUUUCUUGUUUGGAUUUAUUGAUCAAAUUAUCCAAAGAACAUGUUUAAAAAACUAAAAGUAUAGAGUCUAAACGUUGGUAUGCAUGACAUUAAAGUCACACUCUAAAAAUGUAAUAAUAUUUAGUAGAGCUUCAAAGAAGCAUCUGUCGAUUUAUUUUAUUGAGUAUAUGCUAAUACACGUAUAAAGUUGUAAUAUAUGUUAGCUUUUUUUUGAAGUAUCUGACGAGCUCCAUUAAUACGUUCACAAGUAUUUAUAAAUACACAUACGUAUCGGAAUUGGAAUGGAAUAUAUCUUCAUCUCAAAUAUAAAAAGUAUCAUAAGAAUAAAACACAUUUUAAUUACGAUUAAAAUGUCUAUACAUACUCAGUAUAUAUUGAUCAUCUUAGAAAAACAUCGUUAAGAAGGCAAGAAAUUUAUUUGAUAUAUUUUUUUGCCUACUGCGCAUAAAGUGCGUCUUGAAACCCGGGUGUCCGGUUUCACAAUACGCAUUUUACGCGCUGUAGGCAAAAAAAAGUAUAUUAACCACGGGAGUGAAAAUGGCAAGCCCCUAGUACAUGUUUAACACCCUCGGCUUCGCCUCCAGUGUCAAUUUACACAUGCUAUGAACUUGCCAAUACUUUCAUUCCCUUGGUUGAAAAUGUUCUAUAUUUAAAAUAUUUUUUCACACUAAAGUGUCUCGAAUAAAUUUUUUAAAAUUAAAAGAAUAUCAAAAAGACUGACUAAAUUUACAUUUGUUGUAGCAAAAUGUGAGGCGCAGUAUCUACUUUAUUUGUCGCUAUAUUGUUUGUAUAAAGUACCUGAAAGUAAUAAGAGCUAUUAUUUAGUUAUCGUAUAAAAUGAUGUUUAAGUUAUAAGUGCGUGAAAUUUUUUACUGCCGCGACAAUAUAUGAUUUAUGCAUGAUUUAUAGAUUUACGAGUUGAUAUAAUUAAAGUAGUUGAGUUUUUUUCAAACACUCUUGCAAAUGAACAAUAAAGUUUUGAAAAUUGAAAGUUGGAAGAUAACUGUAAUCGAUUAAGAACUUUACUGCUGAUUUACAAGUGGACUGCUUUCGAGUGUACUGUCGAUUAUACGUAAUUGUUAGAAAAAGCAAACGAUCCAUCGUCGUACCAACAUUUUACAAUGUGUGCCAUGAUGCUGUAUCGUUAUGCAAAAUUGGUAUUAAAUGGCAUACCUUUUAUUUUAAGUUAAAUCAUAAUUUUUUUUCUUUUUCAUUAACUGCAUUUUCUAUAUCGUAGUUUUACUUUCUUGAAAAAUUUAUGAAAAAACAACAAAAAAAUAGUAAAAUAAUGGAUUUUAUCAAUGGUAAGUCGUCUAAUUUCUACUUGGAAAAACUAUUUUGUGAGGAGAAAGUUAAACAACUGACAAGGGUUGAUAGUAAUAGGUGAUCCUCAUACAUGAUUGCGUGUAAAUAAUCAAUAAAAUCAUCAUUGUUAAAAUGAGAAAUCAUCGAAUGAAAACUUCAAACUGAUGAUAAUUUUUUGAAUAUUGUCAUACUACUUCAUCAUUUGAUGGCGUACGCUAAUUUAGCGUUCAAAAACAAUGAGCGUCCAUAUUAAAUAGUCAUAUCAAAAACUACUGUCCGAUUUUCAUUGCCGACAAAUUUUCUUUCGCUACCAAAAACCAACAUUUACAUGCAACUAAUUUUUUGGAAAUUUGUUUGUAUUUUGUCGGUGGCGAUAGCUUAGCGUUAUGGUCGGAUUGAAUACUUUUUUAACUACCAAAACUGCCUUUGAAUAGCUGGGCGUUAACUUUGAUUAGCGCUCAUUUUCACAAUCAUCAUAAUGUCGACACCAAACGUGACUAUUGUUAACGAGCGACUUGAACGCUCUUUUAUCAAAGUAAAAGUAAAGCGGUUUUUUUGGCGAAUAUAUUGCCAAACUAUUAAUUAAGUGCCUUUUUACACGUACGAACGUUUUAAAGGUAUGAAAUGGAGAAAGGAAGUCACCGAAAAGCAAUAAAAAAACAAGAAAAAAAAACAGAAAAAUAUUAACAGAAAAAAAUUUGACGCUGACUGUUUAAAUUUGCGUCGACUAUAACCUUAAUGUAUGAGUGCAGUGUGUACGUUUCAUACGAUUAUUACUACGGGCUAUUUUAUUUUAUAAUGCGAUAUGCAUGCAAUUGUUCCUUAGCUAGUUUCUUCUAUAAAGAUUAUUAGCUCAUGCAUAAUAUGAAAUAGUUUUAAAGUUUUUUCAUACUGUUGCUCAUUUACACAAUCGUUUCAUUCAAGCGUACACGUAUCUAUUGUGCAUGUUGAUUUACAUUUUAUAAACACAUAUGUCGUGCCAUUUCCUCAUGAAUCAUUAUAUGCUUACUAACAUUAUAAUGUAAGAAUGAAUUUCAAACAAUUUUUCAAUUUUACAGAAUAACAACGUGUAUUUUUAGCUGAUUUUCAAAAAUAAAGA